CGUUAAUAAAGAGAAAAAAAAAAUGUAAAAUCAGUUAAUAAAACCAAACCAAAAAAAAAGGUAUAUUUCUUGUUAAGUUCCCAUUUCACCGAGAGAGGGAGAGUGGGAGCAAAGCGGUUAUGGAGUUAGAGAUGGAAAGGGAGAGGACGAAACCAGUUGCAGUGUUUAUGGCUUUCGGUACCAAAGGCGAUGUUUAUCCUAUAGCUGCCAUUGCGGCAGGUUUCGCUUCUGACCAGAAGCAAUACAAUGUGAUUAUUAUUUCUCAUUCAGCACAUGAGAAUUUAAGUUCUCAUUUGGCUGAAAAACAUGUUGCUUAUUUUCCAAUUUCAUCACCGCCAGUUCUUUCUACAGACCAGAUUCAGGAGGCUGCAGGUUCUAUGCAUAUGUCAUUUUCACUGCAGAAAAGAAUGCUUACUAGAGAUCGUAGACAAGAGUGCUACUCUGUAGUUGAAAAGAUUUUUGGAUAUGGUCCAAGCAUGGAGGGUGACUUUAUUGCAAUAAACUUUUUUGCAUUGGAAGGCUGGAGUCUUGCAGAACUCUUUCGAGUCUGUUGCAUCGUUGCUGCACCUUAUCUCGUUCCAUACAGUGCACCUUCAUCAUUUGAGCAUCAGUUUAAAAAGGAACUUCCACUUUUGUAUAAAUAUCUACAAGAAUCUCCCACGAAGAAGGUUUGUUGGAAAGAUGUGAUUCACUGGAUGUGGCCACUUUUCACCGAGUAUUGGGAAUCUUGGAGAAGUGAUGAUUUGAAACUGAGUCCUUGCCCUUUUACAGACCCGGUAACUGGUCUUCCUUUGUGGCAUGAUAUUCCUUCAUCUCCCCUACUAUUGUACGGGUUUAGCAAGGAAGUUGUUGAAUGCCCUGAUUAUUGGCCGUCCAGCACUCGGGUUUGUGGUUUUUGGUUUCUCCCUAUUGAAUGGCAGUAUUCAUGUACAAAGUGCAGAGAAAUUUCAACCUCUGUUUCAUUAGGGCAUUUAAACAAGAAAAAUGAAUUAUGUUCAGUUCACAUCCAAUUACAGUAUUUCUUGGAGACUCAUAUGUCAAUCCCGCCUAUUUUCAUUGGGCUCAGUUCUGUUGGUAGCCUCGGAUUUUUUAAAGACCCUCUAGCAUUUCUUCACGUUCUUCGAACUGUUCUAGAGGUCACAAGUCACAGGUUUAUCCUUUUUACCGCCGGCUAUGAACCUUUAGAUGUGGCAAUAAAAAAUAUUUCUGCUGAAGCAUCACCACAGGUGACUCUGAGACAUCUAAGUGAAGAUUGCCACUCUCUCUUCAAUGACAGACUCUUCUGCUUUUCUGGCACCAUAUCAUAUAAUUGGCUGUUUACUCGGUGUGCUGCUGCAGUUCAUCAUGGGGGCAGUGGGACUACGGCUGCAGCACUGCACGCUGGAAUCCCACAGAUAGUAUGUCCGUUUAUGCUUGAUCAAUUUUACUGGGCCGAAAGGAUGUUUUGGCUUGGAGUGGCACCAGAGCCAUUGAAAAGAAACCACUUGUUUCCUGAAAGUAAUGUUGAGAGAAGUGUCCAAGAAGCUGCUAAUGUACUUUCGAGGGCCAUACAUGAUGCAUUAUCUCCCUAUGUCAAAGAACGCGCAAGAGAAAUCUCUCAAAGACUUUCUCUAGAGGAUGGAGUCUCGGAAGCUAUCAAGUGCAUAAAGGAAGAGCUGAAUUGUUAAGUGUAAAACUGGAGUAUUCUACAAAUGCCUUUUUAACAGAAUUCUUACUAGAAUCUCGUUAAUCUACGACAUAUACAAUGAUUCUACUUGUAAUCCAAUUACUAGCCCUUCCACGAAGUUGGAUCUAUCCCCGGUGUAUAGCUUAUGGAUGGGUAAUUAAUAGCACCUUCUAAAGCUUGGAAUUUUGAACUUUAUUGCACAUUUCAUUUAUGUAUCUCGCACUACCAACUGAUAAAGACUUAAUUUACCGUAUGUAAUUGUGUUA